UUCAAUUCUAUUUAUUACAGUUACAAAACGGUGCCUUUUGGAGUCUGCAAGUCGCGACAUGAUUAUUACGCAGAUUUAGCUUGGACGAGAUACAUUUUUAUAUUACGUUCUAGUGUGUUAGCUCGCCGCGUUUCGUAUUCGACAUCAGCAAAAAUGACGACAGUGCCGAGACUGCAAGAGUUUGUAUGUGGGUUGAAUUUGAAAACUGGAGCAUAUAUAAUUUUUACUGCCUCCUUGGCCAUAACGUUCUUUGGCUUAGUAAUCGUAACUGCAAUCAGGGUUGAAGAAAACACCAAAGAUAAUGAUUUAGAUAUACAAUAUAUUAUUAACAUGGUUGUAUCCAUUUUGAUGUUCCUGGUUACACCUAUGGGUCUUUAUGGAACAUACCGAACGAGAGCUGUAUUUUUAAUACCUUAUCUAGUCGUAGAAGGCGUUGGUCUGAUUGUCUUAGUGGGUAAUUUUUUCAUUGAAGCUACAAAAUUAUUCGGACACGAAUCCGGAAGUUUGGUUUUCGUCAUAUUUCUGGUGUUAUCCAUUGCUACGGUUUCAUAUUCGUUUUUGGUGAUUUUCAGCUACUAUACCAUGUUAAAACAACAAAGAGAAGAAAUUCAAUAAUCUACUUUUAUAAUACGAAACCAAAUUAUAAUAAAUAUUUGUUUUGUUUGCAUGGA